AUGGAUAUAGAAGGCGGGGAGAACCCAGGUCGAAAUCCCACGGGAAGCUCGCCUGGCAUUACUGUUGACGAACCCCCCAAAUUUGAUCUUGAAUCCUACAUUUCGAAUUAUACCGUGGAGGCUCUGAGCCGUGUUGCUCCUUCAGAUAGCGAGGCCAUACUCGACACAGAAUGGAUAAAUCAUACGACCAAAGUUGUCAAGGCUGAUACGAACCGGUUAGAACGUGAACUGAAGGGGUAUAAAAACAACUUGAUCAAGGAGAGCAUUCGAAUGGGAAACGAGGACCUUGGCCACCACUACCACCAGAUAGGCGAUUUAACUGCAGCCUCGCACGCAUUCACAAGGAUGAGGGACUUUUGCACUACAACCUCCCAUAUUGCCUCGAUGCUUUUUAAAAAUAUUAUUGUUGCUGUCGAUCGCGGUGACUGGCUUGGUGUCCAAGCGAACAUUCAUCGAUUACGCAGCCUCCAGUUUAAACCGGAAGAUGAAUCGAAGAGUAAGGCGAAGAUCUUCACAUCGAUGGCCCUAUCUCAACUCGCAACGGGAUCCUACCUUGAAGCAGCGAAGACAUUCCUAUUAACUGACCCAGCGCUUGGAGGCAACUACAAGGAAGUAAUCUCACCAAAUGAUGUAGCAGUCUAUGGAGGGCUCUGUGCUCUAGCCUCGAUGGACCGAAUGGAACUUUCCAAACAGGUUCUUGAAAACAAGCCGUUCCGAAGCUUCCUUGAGCUAGAACCUCACAUCCGCCAAGCCAUUUCCUUCUUCUGCGCUUCUAAAUUUCGGCUUUGUCUAGAUAUCUUGGAAGCUUACCGAGCUGAUUAUCUACUUGACUUACAUCUACAGAAACAUGUUCGGGUAUUAUACAUGCGCAUCCGCACAAAGGCAAUACAACAGUACAUCAUUCCCUUUAGCCGUGUGACGCUUGAUGGUAUGGCUAAAAUAUUCUCACCCAAGGAGCAAGUCAGGAAUGAGCAGGGAUUGAUCAACCCAAAUGGUCCAUUUGUGUCAGAAUUAAUCGGCCUUAUCCAAAGUGGAACUCUGGAUGCUAGGAUGGAUUUUGAAAAGGGUGUAAUCGUCACUAGACAAACGCUGAUGAGGGAGAAAUUACACCAGGAUGCGCUGGAGACUAUGAGAGAGUAUAUGGAGAAUGCGCACAUGCAGCUCUUGCGCAUCAAUGUUUUGAAUGCCGGGUUGGAAGUUCCGAGUACUCAAGGAUAUGGCAUCAGAAACGAGGCAGAUGCAAUCGCUAUAGCGCAAGCGGCUAGCCUUGAGGAUCAAGAACAACACCUUAAGGCUGGGUCUCGAAAGGGCAUUGCAGCAAAGUUGGGAGCAGCGUUUGGUGAUAGAUAG